AUGUCAGAUGAGGAUCGCGCUGCCAUGAGGAUCCAGGCGCUGGCUCGAGGCCGCGCUGCUCGCCGGAAGGUGGCUGUGAAGCGCGCCUCACGUAGGAGCGAGAUCGGCCUGGCGAAGCCCAUGACUGUGGGGGAGCUCUGGGAUGGCUUGGCCCUGCGCCACGGGACCAUCCGGAGACGUGUGGAUAUCGUGGACAUUGUCUCUGGGUUCAAGUUCUGCAAAAGGACAGGACUUAACGUGGACCUGGCCCUGAUGUCACAGCCCGACAAAGAGCCCGAGGACCUCUCCCCCGAAGAGGUCAGCCACCUCGCUUUGGUGAUUCAAAGCCGGCAGACUGACCUUAUGGAGGCUGAGGCAAGGAAGCAGAUUGCGAACAUCAAGGACGAGGCGAGGAAGAGCGACUACUUCGGGCCCGUCCACGAAACCUUGAAAGGGCGGCAUUUCAAGAAUCUGGUGGCCUUGAUUGCCAACCUCAUGCGCAUAGACCAUGACCUGGUCCUUGAGCAUUGGUACUGGGCCGAGUUCGGACUCUUUCUGCCCUGCGUGCCCCUCUUAGACCUGCUGCUGACCACUGUGGUCUACAGCAAGGCACGCCUGGCCGCGCUCGCCGCUGGGCAGCAGUUGGCCAGCAAGAAGGAGAAGGAACUUGCAGACAAGUCCAGCGACAAGUCCACGACAGACUUGAUCAACCAUCCGUUCCACAUCAAGGACUUGAUGCUCAUGGCCUACAAUGGUGGGCUCAUCGGGGUUCCUGACCAGAUAUGCUUGACUUCAGAAGAAGUGCAGGCCAGCGGGUUGUGA